UUGCAGUUUUGUUUUUUAAUAAAAUGAAUUAACAACAAUAACAAAAAAGCCAUGAAUAUUAUUAUAAAGACCGGAUUUCAGUGUGUCACUCAUCAAAUUGAAUUUCAGCCAGCAACAGUGAAUAAGGGCAAAAAUCUUGCUCUUGCAGAACAUGUAAGAGAUGUCGAAGAACACAGACGGAAUAAUGAUAGCUAUUUAAUAAAAUCUCGAAUUAUUCGACAAGCCUCGGUCCACAGUACACCUUACAUCACUUCAUUGAACAUUAAUUCUAAACGCCAUGUGACGGAUGUCCAAUGUAAUUGUGUAUAUAAUCAGAGUAAAAAGUGCAAGCACGUCGCGGCGUUAAUUUAUUUUAUUAACAAUGAGGAAAGCGCUUCAAAAACCAGUCAUGAGCAGCAGUGGGGCAAGCCGAGUGUACGUCAAUUCACGAAAAAUAAAUAUUCCAAAGGAGAGUAUUUUAAAAAUAUAGUACCACACAAAUAUACCCAAUUGCAUGAUCCUCAAAAAGUUUCAAUCACUGAAUUGAAAAAUGAUUCACCCUUAAAACUAAUAAUACAAGCACAAUUGAAAGAAAACAAUAAACACACAGUGAGAAACGUUAUGAAUUCGUUAUUAGCGCAAGUUGAAUUAAAUUUGGAGAAAGAAGAAUGCGCUGUGUGUAUUGAAAAUUUAUUAAUUUUCCAAGAGGAAUAUUUUAUUUAUAAAAGUGAAUAUGAAAUGGAUAGUAAAAUACGAGAGUUUUACCUAAAAAAUGUGCAAUUAUCAGAACAGGAAAUCGUCAAUUUGUCUUGUCAAACAGUUAAACAAUCUUCCAGUAAUAAUUGGUUUAAAGCUCGACGGUUAAGAAUUUCCGCAAGUUCUAAUGUUCAUAAUAUUAAAGUAUUGAGUAGAAAACCAGUUGAAGCUUUAGUUUCAGAUAUGUUAAACCCUAGUAAAAUUGACAGUGCUUCAACCAGAUACGGUUUAAAAAUGGAAACUCAUGCCAAAGUUAAAUACCAAGAAUUGACAAAUUGUAUUGUUAAACGUGUUGGAGUAUUGGUCAGCAAAUUUCAGCCUUGGCUUUGUGCAAGCCUGGAUGGCGUUGUCACUGAUGAUGGCUCUAUUUCAAAAAUUGUAGAAUUCAAAUGUCCAAGUUCUUGCGAGAAGAAACCAAUAAUUAAUACCAUUGAUAACUCAAGUAAUGUUAAGUAUUUACAACUUAUUGAUAAUAAGUUACAACUGAAGAAGACUGAUCUUUAUUAUACACAAGUUCAAGUUCAAAUGUAUGUCAGUGGAAUGAGCGUUUGUGAUUUCUUUGUCUAUUCACCUGUUGAAGAUGGCAGUUUUUUGAUUGGAGUUCAUAGAGACGAAGAUUUUUUAAAAACUGUGAUUUUAAAAAGCGAAAAAUUCUAUUUUGAACAUUAUUUACCUGCUUUAUACGCGACCUUAACUAUUGAAGACAGUGAUAAAGAAAAUAAUCAUAACAAUUGUGAUAAUACUGAUAACUUAGAUAGUAAUGAGGAAAAUGAUAUUACAAUGGAGAAACGAAGCUUUACUGAAAGUGAUAUUGAGAAUAUUUUUAAAUAA